AACGGAUUUGACGGAGAUUAGCCCAGUUUCAUCCGUACCGCCAUCCUCCGUUUCUCUCUCCCUACCCCGGUUUUCUCCCUUGCUUUCGUCCUUCCGUGCCGCUUCAGCCGUGGUUCUGCGCCCUUUUCAACCCCCCCAAUCACUCCUCUUAUCUUCUAAACCCUCCUUCUCGGUUGUCUCUCUCGCCUCCUCUUCUCCGCCAUUUAGGUCUUUCCGAUUUUUGAGGAUGUUGGAAUUGGAGGAUGGCAUCAUUGUUAAGCUGGACAUCAUAUAAAAUACUGUGAACUGAAAAAUACUGUGAACUGAACUGCUCUCCAGAUAGUUGUCCUUCAUGGGGGGAGCUUGUUCGAGGAAGAAGGACCUGGAUGACGAAAGUGAUACACGGAGAACCUCUGGGCGAUGCUCUAAAAGUGGCAGCUCGAAAUGGUUAUUGUUCACGCUGCCUCACUGUAGCAUAGAUGCCCGUCGGAGGGGGGAGGGGAAGUGUCCAUCCCUUUUGGAACUAUGCAUUGCAAAAAGUUGUGAGGAUAUCGAUAAGUAUGGCAGCUUUUCUAUGCUCCCCAGAGAUAUAAGCCAGCAGAUAUUAGAUGAACUGGUGGAAUCUCACUGUCUCACUGAUGUGUCUCUUGAAGCCUUUCGGGAUUGUGCUCUUCAGGAUAUCCAUUUGGAAGAGUACUCAGGAGUGAAGGACAGUUGGAUGGACGUGAUUUCUUCCCAAGGGCAAUCCUUGCUUUCCCUUGAUAUUUCUUGUUCUGACGUAACAGAUUCCGGGUUGGUCCUUAUCAAAAAUUGCUCCAAUGUACAAGACUUGACAUUGAAUUACUGUGAUAAUAUUUCAGACCACGGCCUGGAGCACUUGUCUGGUCUUUCAAACUUGACAUCAGUGAGUUUUAAGAAAAGCAAUGCUAUCACUGCAGAAGGAAUGAGGGCUUUUUCCAGCUUAGUUAACUUGGUAAAUUUGGAUCUCGAGAGAUGCUUAAAGAUUCAUGGUGGUUUGAUAAAUUUGAAAGGUUUAACUAAACUUGAGUCUCUUAAUAUCAGAUACUGCAAUUGUAUAACAGAUGCAGAUAUGAAGCCUCUUUCAGGUCUUGUGAACUUAAAAGAUUUACAAAUGUCAUGCUGUAGAGUUACAGAUGCAGGCAUUGCUUAUUUGAAAGGUUCAUCUAAACUCUCUCACUUGAACUUGGAGGGUUGUCUAGUGACUGCUGCUUGCUUUGAGAUUAUUUCAGGGUUCAUCUCACUGAUGAUUUUGAAUCUUAGCCGAUGUGGUUUGUCCGAUGAUGGUUGUGAGAAGCUCGCUGGGCUUUUGAAGUUGAAAGUCUUGAACCUGGGGUUCAACAACAUCACUGAUGCAUGUUUGGUGCAUAUAAAAGAUUUGAUCAAUUUGGAGAGCCUGAACCUGGAUUCUUGUAAGAUCAGCGAUGAAGGUUUGUUAAACUUAAAAGGCCUAUUGCAACUGAAAAGCUUAGAGUUGUCAGACACAGAAGUUGGAAGCAAUGGACUUCAUCAUCUUUCUGGUUUGUACAAGUUGGAGAGUAUCAAUCUGUCAUUUACUUUGGUCACUGAUAGCAGUUUGAGGAAGCUGUCUGGUUUGGUAUCACUUAAAUCACUUAAUCUGGAUGUUCGCCAAAUCACAGAUGCAGGCAUAUCAGCUCUUACAAGUCUUACUGGAUUAACUCAUCUGGAUCUUUUUGGAGCUCGUAUCACAGACUUCGGAACAAAUUGCUUCAGAUAUUUCAAGUGCCUGCAGUCCCUCGAGUUAUGUGGUGGGUUGAUAACUGAUGCUGGUGUGAAGAACAUCAAAGACCUUACGUCAUUGACUCUCUUAAAUCUGUCUCAAAAUUGCAACCUCACAGAUGGGACUCUCGAAUUGAUCUCUGGACUGACUGCAUUGGUUUCUCUGAAUGUGUCAAAUUCUCGCAUCACCAAUGCUGGAUUGCAGCAUCUGAAACCCUUGAAGAAUCUGAGAUCUCUUUCGCUGGAGUCCUGCAAGGUGACUGCUACUGAGAUGAAGAAGCUGCAAUUGGUUGCCCUUCCUAAUCUGAUAACUGUUCGACCUGAGUAAAUAGUGCAUUACUGGGGAGCCACCCUUGUAGAUAUGAAUGGGGAUUCAGAAGGAACUGUGCAUAUGGAUGGUGUUUUUGUGGAUUUCUAAUUUAAUGGCUGGGAAGAUUUGUGUGCUGCAUGUUCUAAAGCAUGGUACUGACGCCAAAGCGAAGUGUAGAUAUGCUUUCUCAGCAUAAUUUGCACGCGGCCCUGCAGCUCAGCAUUUGUAAAUAUGUAUAUAUACUCACAGGUAUAAUAAUCAGAGUACUUGUUCUGGACAAAGUUUGUGUUGCCUAUUUUUUUAAAAGUCGAUUAAGGGUAUCCGACUGA